CUCCCCUAUCUAACACCAACGGCCAUUCUCACUACCUUGAGGUCCUUGACCCCCGAAGUUUUCCUUUUUCAUUUUCCUUCUUUUUCCUUCACUUUCCCUCCUCACUUUCCCUCCUCCCUAUAAACAAACAGAACCCAAAAGAAAACAGAGAUCAGUUAAGAAAGAAAAUGUCAAACAAAUCCCCUAUUUUCCCCAUGCCAGAGCCUCAACAUUUCAGUGACUAUGGAUUUGACCCACAAAUUGAUUAUUUCCAGGUGUUGGAAGAAGCAAGGAAGCACAAACGAGAGACAUCAAGAGCAUCCAUGGAUCCCCUGCACUUCAAGCUCCAAAGAACCAUUUCAAAAGACGAGUCCAAGAAGACCCACAAGGCGAAGAAGAAGCGGUGGUGGAGGAAUGCACUCUAUUUCUUGAAGCGGAGAUGGGUUCCUCACGGCGGCGCUACCCGCCGUGGAAAUCUCGAUCUUGACGUUGACGAGGAUGUGCAUCAUGCCAGGACCAAAGUUCCCCGGGCUUCCCUGUCCGGACCCAUUUACAUAACAGAGAGCAGAAGUGGGUCGAGCACUCCUCACCGGACCACCAGCCGCCCUACCUCCGGUCCCCUCGCCGGAACUUUGUCACCGGACUUUGCCAGGACCAUUCCUUAUUUGAGUCUCAAGGAACUUAACAUGGAGGAACAGCAUCACAGGGUUUCCACCUCUGCGUUGCCGAUUUAUUUAGUUACUUAGCAAGUUUUCUUUGCUUUCUUUGGGGCCUUAUUGUAAUAUUUUAGGAUUGACACUUUAUUUACUAGUACUAGUAUGAUUUAUGCAAAAAAAAUUGGUCUUUUUAGAGGCGAGGAAAAGGCUGAAAUCCUCUUUUUUUGUUUGUUCGUUUUCUUCCUUUCUGUUUGUCUCCUUUAUUAAUGAGUUCUGCAAAAAAGUGCAAAUUAACUUGUGCUUUGACU